AUGUCCACUACAACCAAUGGAAGUGAAUAUUUAAAGGUUCCACAUGAUAUUGUUGGAGAUAUUCCAAAUACUGAAUGUCCAAUUACAAUUAGUGAUGUAUAUGCUGCGUCUAGAAGAAUUAAAGGAUAUGCUUAUUAUACUGCUUUAGAAUACUCAAACACUAUCUCUAAGAAAGUAGGAUGUAAAACGUAUUUAAAGUUAGAGAACUUACAAAAGACUGGAUCAUUUAAAGUUAGAGGUGCUGUUAAUAAAAUUGCUACAUUAACUGAAGAAGAAAAGAAAAGAGGUGUAGUUGCUGCAUCUGCUGGAAACCAUGCACAAGGAGUUGCAUUUGCAUCAACUAGUGCAGGUUGUAAAGCUACUAUUGUUAUGCCAGAAUUUGCUUCUACUGCUAAAGUCACUGCAACAAGAGGUUAUGGAGCAGAAGUUGUUCUUCAUGGUAAAGUAUUUGAUGAAUCAUUAGCCUAUGCCAUGCAAUUAUGUAAAGAAGAAGGUAAGACAUUUGUUCAUCCAUUUAAUGACCCAUGGGUUAUGGCUGGUCAAGGAACAAUUGCUCUUGAAAUUCUUGAACAAUUAGAAAAAUGUGAUGUUAUCAUUGGAGCUAUUGGAGGAGGAGGACUUAUGUCUGGAGUUGGUUUUGCUGCUAAACAAAUUAAACCAGAAAUUAGAGUUAUUGGUGUUCAAGCAGCUGAAUGUCCAUCAAUGGCAGUUUCUAAAGCAGAACACAAGAUUUGUUGUGUUAAGACAGCAAAAACUAUGGCUGAUGGUAUUGCUGUUAAAGCUCCUGGUGAUAAAACAGCACCAGUUUUAUUAAAGUACGUUGACGAAAUUGUUACUGUUGAUGAAGAAAGUAUUGCACAAGCUAUGUUAUUAAUGUUAGAAAGAUGUAAAAUAGUAAGUGAAGGAUCUGGAGCUACUCCAGUAGCUGCAUUAUUGUCUGGAAAGAUUAAAGGACUUACUGAAGAUACAAAUGUUGUAUGUAUUGUUUCAGGAGGAAAUCUUGAUGUUAAUGUUAUUAAUAAAGUUAUUGAAAGAGGUCUUGUUAAAGCAGGAAGAAGAGUUGAAUUCACUGUUGAAAUUGCAGAUGUUCCAGGUGCUAUUAAGGAUCUUCUUGCUCAUAUUACUGAAGAAAAAGCAACUGUUGUUGGUGUUGCAACAAGAAGACCAGCAACUUCUGCUAUUGGGAUAUGUUUAUGUGAUGUCCAAAUGGAGUGUUAUGGAGUAGAACAUCGUGAUAAGAUUUUUGACGUUCUUAAGGAGGCUGGGUAUGCUUUUAAUUAA